AUAUGAAAUUACUGGUGGUAGUAAGAAAAAACCUUGCGUGAUUGGAACAUGUAGUGUUGGUGAUGAAGGUGCUUACAAUGCAUAUCAAGUUAAAAGACCUUCUGAAUCAAAAGUUGAUAGAAUAAAUUUUGGGGCAACUUUUGCAAAUAACGAAUUAUUUUAUAAUGAUACUGUAUAUAAACUUUUUACAUCAGUUCAUACUGGACAAAUUAGAAAUUUACUUGAAAUUGCACCAUUAGAAGGAAUUGGUAAUACAGUUUUUGGUGAUCUUACUGAUCAACAAUGGGUAGAUCAUUAUAAAAUUCCUGUUGCUGAGGGUGCUACCUUACUGACUCCUUUGCUUUCAAAAAUGGGAUUAAAUUUUUAUCUUGUUAGAAUUUGUGAUAAAGAUUUAGCAAAAAAAAAUACAAAAUGA